CCUUAGACUACGCUCUCCGCUAUUGCUGUGAAACGCAAACCGCCAGCGCCACCGCCGGCCGACGGAAGACACCGCCUCCUCCCGGCGCAAGAAGCCGCCUCCGCCGGCACAGGGCGCCACCUCCGCCUGGCCCAGGACGUUGCCCCCUUCCGGCGCAGGAUGCCGCCGCCGUCACCCGGCGCAGGAAGCUGCCUCCGCUCGGCGCAGGACACCGCCCCCUCCCGGCCCAAGACGGUGCCCCUUCCCAGCGCAGGACGCUGCCGCCGUUGCCCGACACAGGACGCCACCCCCGCCUGGCCCAGGACGACGCCCGCUCCACCUCAGCUCCGGGAGAUUUGCGGCGGGAUGCGGGAGCGAGGCCGCGGCCACGGCCACGGUGCUGCCGCCGGGAGGCGGCUUGUGGCGGUGGCUGAUGUUGACGACCAAGGGGAAGAGCACGAGGAGCAAGGUGCAGAAGCGGAUGGCGAGGGAGACCAGCGUCACCGGCCGCACGCAGCGGGAGCUUCGCCGCGCCGUCAAGCUCAGGAAGAAGCUCAUCUACAACCUGUGGAUGAUCAUGGUUGAUUUCUUUAGCAUCACCGACGCCGCCGGCCACGCCAUCACCGCUGCAGCUGUCGUGCCACCAUCGCCCCUGCCUUCCGCCUCACCAUCAUCGUAGUCGUAGCCUCACCGUCACCAUUUUGCUGAAAAGGUACUAAAUAUAUUUUGCUUGCACCAUGAUCAUGGAUUCAAUAAGGAUUCUGUGAGUUUAACUUUGGAUUCAAGAAGUGCCUCAUUAUCUCAUAGCACCUGUAUUUUUCAUAGUCAUAACUACUUAUUACUAUUCUGCACCAUGAUUGGCACCUGCAUUCUGACAAGUGGGUCAUUUUAAACCUAACACCUGUAAUAACCAUGUUCAUAUAAUAGCUUUAACCAGAAAAUGUCUAUCCAUGUCUUGAGUUUAUAUCAUCAGUGAGCAGACAAAUGGAGUUGGAGAUAUGAGCAUUUUUCAGCUAUAAGAAAAUCAAUAAGCUAAAAGAACAAUGAUGAAUGAAUUUUAAAUGCUGUGAAGCAACUAAGAAAGUGAAACUGAAGUGCAGAAUCUAAAAAUUCGUUUGGCUGAACUAGGUAAAGCAUCAUGUUUUCAGUUCCAGUAAAUAGAAACCAGCAUUGUCUAUCCUCCAGCCUUGAAUAUAAGCAAAUAGA